CCUGUGCGGCCGCAUUCCAAGGAUACCAAUCAUGUGACUUGCGUAAUUUGAAAAUUUCGGUACGCUCAAUCGAUUGCCUUUCCAAAUCCGAGACAACCCAAGCGAUCCCCGUACUACCAACCCAUGCAGCAAUUAUCAUUUGCAGGAUCUAUUCAGGUGCUGAUCCUUGGCUUAGGUUGGACUGGUCAGUUUUUGCAAGACCUUCUCUUGGACCAAAAAGUCUCAUUUGCUGCCACUACGCGUGAUGGCCGUAAUGGCACUAUUCCUUGGACUUUGACAGACACUCCCGACGUCUCUAACUUACCGUGGGCGCAAACUGUUCUGGUGACCUUCCCUGUUUUGAGCGCAAAUACUAUGAGCCAAUUAAUAGAUGAGUACACAAGUAAGAAAGGGCCAUCGCAUUGGAUUCUAUUGUCUUCAACACGUGUCUUCUCCGCCGACCCCAGCGACCGUCACACACCUUUGGAUCCAUCCCUCGAUACUGGUAGACUUCCUGCAGAACACGUUGUUAUUCAAAAGAAAGGAACAGUACUGCAUUUAUGCGGACUUUGGGGUGGUCAGAGACAACCUAAGAAUUGGAUGCCACGGAUGAAUAAGCCUGAAUCUAUCAAGGGGAAGAUCCUUACUCGUCAGCUCCAUCUCAUUCAUGGAAAAGACGUCGCGCGAGCUAUUUUUGCAGUACAUGGCCAGUUUACACCAGGCGAGCGUUGGUUGAUCAGUGAUCAAACUGCCACCGACUGGAUGAAAAUGUUUCUGGUAUGGGGAUCAAAAGAACAGAUCGAUACUAUAGAAGAUCUGCGGCAUAAUGACCCUGAUUGCCGUGAAGCCAUUGGAGACAAGGGUACAUUAGAGGAAAUCGUGCACAAAGGGGGUGUUAAACCUCGGCUGAAUUCUGAUGAGUUCUGGAGCACUUUCCAUUUAAAGCCCCAGGAAUUUCUGGAGAUUGUGUAAUAGAAACCAAAAAAUCUGUAAAUACAUGCAUUCUGAUGUUUCAAUGUUUAUUAUGGUAAUAAAAGAAAUCUGAGAAAGAAAGGUCUAGAG